CUUAAGUCCAAGACUCCACUUUUUUUUUCUCGGUAUUUUCUUUUUUAAAACAGCUCACCUCGUGCACGUUUUUAUUCCCAGUGACAUUUAGUGACCAGCCGAGCUGCAAAAACAAUUACCCGGAACCGGCAUUAGUACAUUUAUUGAACAGGCUGUUUCACUGGAUUAUUUAAAAUAAAAAGUUGAUUUUGGUUAGUGUUAAAAAAUGGCCGCUGAAAUGCAAAACAAGAAUCGGAUGAUGGUAUUCAAGAACAAAGGCAAAGAUCAGGAUGAAAUGAGAAGACGAAGAAAUGAAGUGACGGUAGAGCUGAGGAAAAAUAAACGAGAAGAAACUUUACAGAAGCGCAGAAAUGUUCCGGCUACUGAAUCUACGGAUGAGGAUGAUAUCGAGAAGACGCUAUCAAAAAUAAAUUUAUUGGAGUUGGUACAAAAGGCAGCGAGUUCAGACCCCGCUGAGCAAUUGGCGGCUGUACAAUCCGCCAGGAAGUUAUUAUCAUCUGAUCGUAAUCCUCCAAUUGAUCCGUUAAUUGAGAGUGGUAUUUUACCGAUCUUAGUACGUUGUCUUGAGCAACAUGAAAAUCCUUCGUUGCAAUUUGAAGCAGCAUGGGCUUUAACAAACAUUGCAAGUGGCACGUCGGCUCAGACGCAGGCGGUGAUGCAAGCUGGUGCAGUCCCAUUAUUUUUACAAUUAUUACGUUCCAGUCAACAAAACGUCUGCGAGCAAGCUGUCUGGGCUUUAGGAAAUAUCAUUGGUGAUGGACCAAUACCUCGAGAUUACGUUAUCAAACUCGGUGUAGUACAACCAUUAUUGACAUUUAUCAAACCAGAAAUACCAAUAACAUUUUUACGUAAUGUAACAUGGGUAAUUGUAAAUUUAUGUCGAAAUAAAGACCCGCCACCACCAGUACUAACUAUACAAGAAAUAUUACCAGCGCUCAAUGCUCUUAUUCUUCAUACAGACGUUAAUAUACUUGUUGACACAGUAUGGGCAUUGAGUUAUUUAACAGACGGCGGUAAUGAACAAAUCCAAAUGGUAAUAAACAGUGGAGUUGUACCGCGGCUGAUACCGCUUCUUUCGCACAAAGAAGUUAAGCUACAGACAGCAGCUCUUCGAGCGGUGGGCAAUAUUGUGACGGGUACUGAUGAGCAGACACAGACUGUGUUGAACUGCGGAGCGCUUAGCCAUUUCCACAACCUGUUGACUCACACGAAGGACAAAAUAUGCAAAGAAGCCGUGUGGUUCUUGUCGAACAUCACCGCGGGAAAUCAGUCCCAGGUUGAGGCGGUAAUCGAAGCCGGGCUUCUGUCCCUCAUCAUCAGCAACCUUUCCAAGUCUGAUUUUCAGACGCAAAAGGAGGCUGCGUGGGCGAUCAGCAACUUCACGAUAAGUGGAAACAGGGACCAAGUCGCGCGGUUAAUUCAUGAAGGAGUUAUCGCACCUUUUUGUGAUUUAUUGUCGUGUAAAGACACACAAGUUAUUCAAGUCGUUUUGGAUGGUAUUAAUAAUAUGCUCAAACUCGCUGGUACUGAAGUCGAACAACUUGCUAAUAUGAUUGAAGAAUGUUCUGGUCUGGACAAAAUAGAAGCGCUGCAAGCUCACGAGAACGUAGAAAUUUAUAAAUUAGCUUAUGACAUUAUUGAACAAUAUUUCUCUGACGAGACCGAUGACACGAACCUAGCCCCACAAGUUGGAGAAGGAUCAUUUGACUUUGACCCAACGGCGACUAUUCCAAACGAAGGUUUCAAAUUCUGAGACGUAACAACUAUUCCGUUUUAUUUAUCCGUGCCGCAGUCAAAAAGACACUUCUACUAUCAUCAUCAGCAUCUUUAUAAUAAUAAUAAUAAUAAUAUUAAUAUUAAUAAUAAUAAUAAUAAUAACGAUAAUUAUUAUCAUCUUAUAAAAAAUUCAAUAAUCCUCUUACUUCGAUGAUGAAGCCGCUUGGUCAUCAGCACGAGCAUCACCGAGGGCGACGGCACCAGAACCAAGAUUCGCUACAAUGUGGCCUCCAAAUGCCAUGAAAGACUCAUCAUAACGGCCUUCGAUCUCACCAUCAGCAUACACGACUAAAUAAACAAAUUAGUAAAAAUUUGUUACAGUUGACUAUUUAAAUAAUUAAAGAAUAAAAAAUCAAGCGAAGAAUCUUUCAGUGACAUUUGGCAAAGCAUGAACGAGCUGCGAUAACGCUUAAAUAAUUAUUUACAAUGUUUACUUAUUAGUAAAC